CGGAGCGGGCGGCGGGCCCCAGGCCGCGGGGCGGCGCGGGACGGCUGGCGCCGGCUCCGAUCCACCGGUAGACAUGAUGACCAUCAAGGCCUUCACCCUGGUGUCUGCCGUGCAGCGUGAGCUGCUGAUGGGCGACAAGGAGCGCAUCAACAUCGAGUGUGUCGAGUGCUGCGGCAAGAACCUGUACGUGGGCACCAAUGACUGCUUCAUCUACCACUUCCUGUUGGAGGAGGACAGGUCUCUGCCCGCCGUGCCAGCCACGUUCACUGCCACCAAGCAGCUGCACAGACACCUGGGCUUCAAGAAGCCCGUGAACGAGCUGCGUGCAGCCUCGGCCCUCAACAGGCUGCUGGUGCUGUGUGACAACUCCAUCAGCCUGGUCAACAUGCUGAACCUGGAGCCCGUGCCUUCGGGCGCCCGUAUCAAAGGGGCCGUGACCUUCGCCCUGAACGAGAACCCCGUGAACGGGGACCCGUUCUGCGUGGAAGUGUGCAUCAUCUCCGUCAAGCGCAGAACCAUCCAGGUGUUCUUGGUGUACGAGGACCGGGUUCAGAUCGUCAAGGAAGUGUCCACCUCCGAGCAGCCCCUCGCCGUGGCUGUGGACGGCCACUUCCUGUGCCUGGCUCUGACCACGCAGUACAUCAUCCUGAACUACAACACGGGGGUCUCCCAGGAUCUGUUUCCCUACUGCAGCGAGGAGAAGCGGCCCAUCGUCAAGAGGAUAGGCAGGCAGGAGUUCCUGCUGGCGGGCCCAGGAGGGCUGGGCAUGUUUGCCACCGUUGCUGGCAUAUCCCAGCGAGCCCCUGUGCACUGGUCGGAGAACGUGAUCGGGGCAGCCGUCUGCUUCCCCUACGUCAUAGCGCUGGACGACGAGUUCAUCACGGUUCACAGCAUGUUAGAUCAGCAGCAGAAGCAGACCCUGCCCUUCAAGGAGGGCCAUAUCCUCCAGGACUUUGAAGGAAGGGUGAUUGUCGCCACGAGUAAAGGAGUUUACAUGUUGGUUCCAUUGCCUCUGGAAAAACAAAUACAGGAUCUGCUUGCCAGCCACAGAGUGGAAGAGGCUUUGGUGUUGGCCAAAGGAGCCCGGCGGAACAUCCCGAAAGAAAAGUUUCAGAUCAUGUACAGGAGGAUCCUGCAGCAGGCCGGGUUUAUACAGUUUGCACAACUUCAGUUCCUGGAAGCUAAAGAGCUCUUCAGAAGCGGCCAGCUUGAUGUCCGGGAGCUGAUCUCUCUCUACCCCUUCCUGUUGCCCACCUCUUCUUCAUUCACCCGGUCUCACCCUCCUCUGCACGAGUACGCAGACCUCAACCAGCUGACCCAGGGGGACCAGGAGAAGAUGGCCAAGUGCAAGCGCUUCCUCAUGAGCUACCUGAACGAAGUGCGCAGCACAGAGGUAGCCAACGGCUACAAGGAAGACAUCGACACCGCCCUGCUCAAGCUGUAUGCAGAGGCUGACCACGACAGCCUGCUGGACCUGCUGGUCACCGAGAACUUCUGUCUGCUCACGGACAGCGCUGCCUGGCUGGAGAAGCACAAGAAGUACUUUGCACUUGGAUUACUCUACCAUUAUAAUAACCAAGAUGCGGCUGCAGUCCAGCUGUGGGUGAACAUCGUGAACGGAGACGUGCAAGACUCCACCCGCACAGACUUGUACGAGUACAUUGUUGACUUCCUCACCUACUGCUUGGACCAGCAGCUCGUGUGGACCUAUGCCGACUGGGUCCUGCAGAAAAGCCAAGAGGUUGGAGUUCAGGUUUUCACCAAGAGGCCUUUGGAUGAACCACAGAACUGCUUCAAUCCGGACGACAUCAUCAGCUGCCUUAAAAAGUACCCCAAAGCCCUGGUCAAGUACCUGGAGCACCUCGUGAUCGACAGGAGGCUGCAGAAGGAAGAGUAUCACACUCACUUAGCCGUCCUCUACCUGGACGAGGUGCUGCGGCAGAGGGUGCCCUGCAGUGGCCAGGAGGCUGAAGCUAGCGAGACCCAGGCCAAGCUGCGGCGUCUGCUCCAGAAGUCCGACCUGUACCGAGUCCACUUCCUGCUGGAGAGGAUCCAGGGCGCCGGCCUGCCCAUGGAGAGUGCCAUCUUGCACGGGAAGCUGGGUGAGCAUGAGAAGGCCCUGCACAUCCUGGUACACGAGCUGAAGGACUUUGCAGCGGCCGAGGACUACUGCUUGUGGCGCUCCGAGGGCCGUGACGCGGCCUGCCGCCGCCGCCUCUUCCACACGCUGCUCACCUUGUAUCUGCGUGCCGGACCCUCUGCCAACGAGCUGACCAUGGCUGCCGUGGACCUGCUCAACCGCCAUGCCCUGGAGUUCGAUGCGGCGCAAGUGCUGCAGCAGCUGCCCGGCUCCUGGUCUGUGCAGCUCCUCUGCCCCUUCCUGACCGGGGCCAUGAGAGACAGUGUGCAUACGAGGAGGACCACACAGGUAGCCCUUGGCUUAGCCAGGUCAGAAAACUUGCUCUACAUGUACGAUAAGAUGAAGUUGAAAGGAAGCGCAAUUCGGCUCUCGGACAGGAAGCGUUGCCAGCUGUGCCAGAACCCUUUCGGCGAGCCGGUGUUUGUCAGAUACCCAAACGGCGGCCUCGUGCAUGCGCACUGUGCGGCCAGCAGGCACAUGGACCCUGGUGCCCCCAGCCCGGACACCCGGACUUGAGAUCCCGGCGCCUGAGCCAGUCGCCAAGCCUGCUGGACGCGGAGAACAGACCUUUGUGGCCUCCGUGCUUUGUGCCAGCCAGGACGAAAGGCGAAUGGCUGACCGUGCACCCGGCAGAGGUCGGUCCAUGAGAGGCCCCUGCACUGCCGACCGCUGUCCGAAUGUUCAUGGAAAACUCUGGGAAAGCACAGACAGGCCUAAGGCAGGCUGUCCAGGGACACGGUGACCCCAAGCAAGAUCUCCUUUUGGGGAGGGGGGGAUUGUUAGAAAAGAGAGUCAUCCUCAUGCCAUCCAGACACAAGUGGGGGACUGCGCCCCCAGUUUUAGAUGUCCAUUUGCACUGGAAACGUGUGGCUUCAGCAUGGACUGGAGCCACACUGCCCUUGGGCAUCUGAGCCCCGGGCUGGGCACCUGGCCACCUCGCCCCACGGAGGUUCUGCCCUUGCCCUGCAAAACGGCUGACCCAAGGGAACUAGUUUGGUUCCUUCUUACACCCUGGCUAGCUCCCAGCCCCUUCACUCCUACUCCCAAAGAUUGCACCUUUGUGACCCGACCACUCCAUAGAGGUGAAUCCCCAUGUGCCCAGUUCCCCAGCAGGAGAGCAUCUCAUGAGAGAGACAGUACUUUCCAUCCAGAGGAAGACAGCGGAGACGGGGAGCCCCACGCUGCUCCAUGAGCAGGCCCAGGGCCGCAGCCCUCCACUGUGGCCCUGCCCGGCUGGCAGGAAGGUCUGCGGUUGGCCCAUGGGCCUGGGCACUUUUAUUUGCUUCUGUGUCGUCACUGUAGUUUUCCUGUUGGUUAGAAAUCCACCCAUCCCCAGUCCUUGGGCUUGCGUUUUCUUGUUAACACAUACCUCCUCCUGAGCCAGUGCAGGGACUGGGCCGAGCCUUCUCAGGAGAUGCCGGUUUUAACUUCCCGCUUCUUGGAGGAAGCUGUCUGGGCACCGGAUGGAGGGCCGGACCUGCCCCUCCUGCCAGGGGCCGCUGCACGAUGCACCAGCACUCCCUGAGGCUACUUCCCCUCCCCCUCCCCUACCCCCACUGUGGGCACCCUGCCCUGAGGUUUCCUGGUUGCACUAAGCGCCUCUCAGCCAUCCCAAUGCACAGCAUCCUUUUGUGUAUCUGUGUGUGUGUGUGUCACUGGUGGGAUGAAGCGCUCGCUGCCACCCUGCCCCUCUUGUGGGUCUCCCGCUCACUGAUUCCGUUAGACGCUAGCCCCUUGACGGCGGUGCUUGGGCAACACACGUGAGUGGGUGGGUGUGUGUGAUGAGGAUGGACCCAGGUACACCCUCUCAGCAUUAGCCCAAGCCUAGAGAGCUCAUCCUUCAUCCUUUAAAAAAUGUCCCCUGUACCGAUCAUGGUCAGGGUAGUUUUCCUUUAGGGUUCCGAGUGGGUCAAGAUGCAGACACACAUCCAUGCAUUAAUUGGGAAGAGCUGGCACCUAUCCCCCUCUCCUCCCUCCCCCCCCGUUUUGGUUAUCUAAUGAAGAAGCGAUGACAAAAUUCCCCCUUGCAGCUCAACUGUGUGCUGUGUCAGUUGGUGCAAGCUCAAAGCUGGGUCAUAUGAGUUCUACCCCGUGGAUAAGGGAGUGGCCGUCUGACUGAAUAGAUUGUCUUUACAGCUUGUGAGUUGGAGUUCAUAUCCUUCAAUGAACAAGUUACCAGAAUAUGCACUUUGGAAAGCGCCGCUUUGCUGUGCACCAAAUGGGUAAAAUCUUGGGGGAAAAGAAAAAGCUUGUGGGUUGCUUCUCCUCCCAUCGAGGACACUGGACUUCUCUGGGAGCAUCGAUCCACGUUUUGGAAUGUCUGUUGCCUUUUUGGAUAAUGGGAAUCAGGAGGGAACGGUCUUCCAUCUCCUCUAAAUCCGUUAACCGAACAGGCAGGGUUCUAAGCAAACGUGUGCAUAAUAGUAUACUACAAACCGUACCUUUCUCGAAACCUUCCCUCAACUCCUAGAAAACCCUUUUCUCAAAUAUAUUUAAGGGAAAACACAGGGUUCUUUCUAUUGGCCUGCUCUUUUGUGACUGUGCUGUUGAAUAGAACAAGUAGGACUGUCACUCUGACUCCCCCACCCGCAGUGGGUUUGCUGCAAUUGUUCUAGUGCAGAAACAGCGUGAGCGCUGUUCAGUUGACGUCAGUAUCCCGUGGGCCACACUCCCAGUUUGACGAAGUGUUUAUCUGCUGUUGCCUGGCACGCGUUCAUGCGGCAGUGCCACCUAGGCUGUGGCACCUUGGGCUUGGAGUUGCAAAGCUGUCAUGUACGUGGUGAACUGGGUGUCCCGGAGUGGCAGGAAGGGGCUGAGCACCGCCCCUCCAACCUGAAUGCCCGGUGCACAGUGAGGGUGGCCUUGCUCUCUCUGCUGACCCUGCCAUGGAAACCUUUGUCCCCACAACUUAUUCCUUCUUCCCUGAUUGGGUCCCAAAUACACGAGAUGUACAAAUGUAAACAAAUUUUAUUAAAAUCAUUUUAAUUC